AUGAGCCACGAGAACGGCCUGCAAGUGGCCCCCAACCACAGUGCUGGCGCUGCAUCGGACAGCGACGCGACGACGCAGGAGCUCCCUCGGCACGUUGCUCAGCAGCCGCCGCCGCGCAAGACCUGGCUCGAAUGGCUUCGCGAUGACGUCCACGUCAAUCACACAGAUCUCCCCCUCUUCGCCUGCUGCUUCAUCUCGGGUCUCUGCGACAGUGUCACCGUCAACGCCUCGAACGUCUUCGUGAGCAUGCAGACGGGCAACACCAUCUUCCUGGCCCUCGGCGCCGCCAGCCUCCCCUACGGAGACCCUUAUCGCUGGCUGCGCUCUCUCGUCUCCAUCGGCUCAUUCGCCCUGGGCUGCUUCACCUUCGCGCACACCCGUCAUUUCCAGCCCAAGCGCAAGGCCACUCUUGCCGUGUCCUUCCUCGCACAGGCCGCCGCUAUUUGGAUCGCCGCCAUCCUGGCCCAGACGGGCGUCGUCGCCGACUACAAUCGCCGCAACGUCCCCAGCUUCAACGACGACCUCGGCGCCGCCACGCAGUCUCACCACAGCCACAUUGUACUUCUACCCGUCGCCCUGAUCGCUUGGCAGUUUGGCGGUCAGAUCGUCUCGAGCCGUGUCCUCGGCUACAACGAGGUGCCCACCUGUGUCUUGACGAGCGUCUACUGCGACCUGCUGUCUGACCCCAAGAUCCUGGCCCCCCUCAAGGAGAACCCGAAGCGUAACCGUCGUUUCCUCGCCAUCCUUCUGCUUCUCCUCGGCGGCAUCGUGAGCGGCUGGAUUCAGAGGAGCGCCGCCGGCACGACCACUGUCCUGUGGAUUGCUGGCUUCAUCAAGGUCGUCAUUGCCGUAUGCUGGCUGGCCUGGCCCAGCAAGACUCUUGAACCCAAGAGCGAGAAGUGA